AGCAGCGGCGACAGCGAGAUACUCUCCAGAGGAUGGCGGACACGAAAGACAACUGCGCCGACAGCGUACAGUUCUUCGAAGGGGUCGAGAAGCUCCUGGAGAUCUGGUUCACCAGCUCCAGGGACGGGCAUCGAGGCGAUCUGCGGCGUAUACCACGGCAUAAGUGGGAAUCGUUGCUGAAAAUAGUUCGUUGCGAGAUUAUCAGCUUCUGCCGCAAUGAUCAUGUGGAUGCCUACGUGCUCAGCGAGAGCAGCAUGUUCGUGUCGAAGCACAGAUUUAUAUUGAAGACAUGCGGCACCACUACACCCCUACAGUGUCUGGAGCCUUUGCUAGAGAUCGUCGAGGAAUAUACCGGCUGCGACGACGUCGAGAAUGUCUUUUAUUCGCGAAAGAAUUACAAGAGACCGGAGCUCCAGAUCUCACCGCACCAGACGUUCAAGGAAGAAGUCGCUUUGCUACAUUCCCUUUUCCACGACGGCGAAGCUUACUGUUUGGGCUCACCGGAGACGGACUGCUGGUAUCUUUACACUUUGUUCAAGGACAAAGACCUGCAGGAUUCGCCGGAACCAGACCAGACCUUGGAGAUACUCAUGACGCAUCUGGAUCCGGAAAUAAUGUCGAUCUUCACCAAAGACGUCUGCUCGUCUGCCGAAGAGGCGACGGGCAAGUCGGGAAUUGACAAGUUGAUCCCUGAAAUGAUUAUAGAUGACUUCCUGUUCGAGCCUUGCGGGUACUCGAUGAACGGAGUCUCAAAGAAUCAAGAUAAGUACAUGACGAUUCACAUCACGCCGGAACCUGAGUUCUCCUACGUCUCCUUCGAAAGCAACGUUUCUGAGGAGUCCUACGACAAGAUAAUCCAGCGCGUGCUGAACACAUUCAAUCCAGGCAAGUUCCUUGUCACAAUCUUCGCCAACAAGGAGUCCGCGGCCGCUAAUUGUCCGCGCGAUCUUGAGAAUUCCGAUUAUUUGAGCCACUCCGACGACUGGGUGCGCACCGAUGUGCAGUACUACCACUUCAAAAACUACGAUUUGACUUGCGCUUUUUACUCGCGCCUGCAUAGCUGAGGGUUCAAGAACGCUUCAUUCGUCCCUGC